UUUCUUUAAUUGAAAAUAGGCUCCUGGAAAUUUGGUUUUCACAUCUGUGUUUACGGUUUAGAGAGAGAAUGACGAAGGAAGAGGCUCAUAGCCAUUAGGGUUUAUAGAGAGAGAAGAAGGAAGUAGGAAAAGUUUUUAGUUUUUAGAGAGAGAAGAAGGAAUACGGAAGAGUUCAUCAGUUUCACAAACCCUAAUGGAAGAGGCCCUAACUGAUUUUUAGAGAGAGAAAAGGAAAGGAAGAUGGGAUGCUGAUUUGUAAUAGUUUGAAGAUGAUUUUUCUCUCUGAUUUAAGUUGUUGUUGGAGAGAAAGCCCUAAUUAUACUGAGUUGUUGUCUGAGAGAAAGCCUUAAUUAUACUGAUUUGUGAAGAGGCCCUAACGGAUUGCCCUAACUGAUUUUUUGAUUUGUGAAGAGGCCCUAACUUAUUUUUAGAGAGAGAAAAGGAAGAGGGUUUUUCAUUUUGUCAGGGAAACAACAAGUUUGGGGGAUUGCUUGCUCCUAAUGAAGGAAAACAUUUUUGUACUAGAAUGAAGGAGAAGGAAGGGAAGGAGAGUAGUACGCAGCGAUUCGAAUUUUGCAGCGUAUGCAGGCUCAACCAUGACCAAGGCCGGCGCCACAACUACUUCCCCUCUCACAAGUCAUCCUUCUCUCUCCUCCUCUCCAAAUUUAAAUCCAAAAUUCAAGAUGUCCGCUUCUUCCUGAAAAACCCCUCUGUCCUCAAGCCAGAGGAUGUAUCUUGCAAUCGAUUCUGGUGUGUUUGCUGCGAGCACGAUAUCAAUGAACUCAACAGCACCUUCGCCUGUAGCAACGCCAUUGCUCACCUGACAAGCUCAGGGCACUUAAAGGUUCUCAAGUCUUUCUUGUGGAAAUACGGUGGGGGAAUGGAUCGAGUUGAUUGGCUUAGGAUUUCUCAAGCGGAUCGUGAAAGGUGGGAGAAACGUUGUUGCUCAAUAAUGAGUGCAAAAUCAUCAUCAAAUGGAUCUUCUCAUGCUUCAAACAAUAUCCACGCUGAACUUAGAUUUGUCAAUAUGGAUAAUUUUGAAAAGAAUUCAAUCCAAUCUUUUUCCAUUACUGUUCCAAAUGGUGUUAGACCUUUACAAUAUUUCACGAAUGAGAGCUUUCAGGAUUCUUACCCAGCUGAUGCUACAAAGUUUGCUCCAUCCUCAUCUGAUGCCUGCCUACCAGUUACUGUGCAUAAAAAGUUGGAGGGCCAGUGCAUCUUUGAUCCUGCGAGCUCAAUUAAAUUCCUAGGUGGUGAAGAGAAAAUUGGAUGCACUCUUAUUAACAAUGAUAGCCAAGCCUUGGUUGAUUAUUCUCAGAUGGGUGGAGAGGUUCAAAGACUACCUAGUAGUGCCCAGAAUGGAACCGGAGUUUUGCAGCAUGUCACCAAGAUUUCUCCCUCACUUCCUGAAGAAUCAGUCUUAAAAGUUCAGUCUGGUACUCCUCCUCCAUGGUUAGAAAUACAUGAACUCGACCUCAAAGUUGGAAAAGCAGAGGUUAUGAACAACUCUGUGUCUAUCCCGAAUCAGAUGCGCCCAUCUCACAAGAUAAGAAAUCCCAAAAGAGUGGGAGCAGCAUGGGCAGAAAAACGAAGGGCAGAGCUUGUGAAAGAGAAAAGUGGAGAUGUUGUUAGUAGUUUUGAUGCUGAUUGGCUUCCUAAUUUUGGAAGAGUUUGGCAAUCAGGUUCACGUAAGGAAUCCAGAAAAGAGUUUGAAAACGAAAGACACAAAUUAUUCAAGUUUGAUAGCAUAACGAAGGAAUCUACUACCUUGCAGCCUUAUGUUAGCAAAAGAAUGGUUCGUCUAUGAACCAGAACAGAAUAGCUAUAUCUUCAGAAGGGCUUAAGCUGGAGGCAUCACUGGUGAUUUCUGUCCUUCAGCUUGCAUCUGUCAAUAUUUGUCAUAGAAGUAGGUUCCCUGAUGGCAUAAAAUUUCAGAUUGUUUGUUUAUUGCUUGAGAUAUAUAUCUACUUGAUGCGGGAAAACAAUUUUGUUUUGAGAGAACAUGGGCCUUCCAUAUAAUCUUAUCUGGAAGACAAUAAAUUACUUUUGAGACAUAUAGGGGGAAUGUGAUAAGCUGAGUGCUCUUAAUUUAUUCUCGUUGUUUCCUCUCCUUUUCAGAAAAGUACUAACUUAUGAGUUAAGGGAAUAAACUCGUUACUUGACUUUCUAGUACUUUGUUUUGGGGAUUUAUUAUGCAUUUCUGUAGUACUGUAGUAAUCAGCACCUCCGUUUCAACAUACUCCUUUGUUUG